UGUAAACGUUCCGGAAAGCUGCCGGAGUUUUAUCCAAUGGGCGACUCUUUUGUCACCACGCUUACUGUCGUCUUUGUCUUUUUCUUUUUCCCCUUUUUGCCACUAACGAUAAUCGGCCAUCACAAUAUAUUUUACUAACCAAAAAGUUUCCUCGAUAUUCAAAAUCCUAAACAAAAUAUGUCUUCUUCCUAACAUUAGUUUCAAAAAAGCAACUUCUUUUCUUCUUAUAAUUCCCAUAUUACCCCCUUUCACGCUUCAUUCUUUCUAGUUUCCACCUGAACUUUUCUUUGAGAAUUCAGAGUGACAUUUCCAUGGAAAAUCUGUCACAUUCAUUUGCUAAAAAGAGUUACCAUGGAAGUGGGUUCAUUACAACGCCAAGUAAGUCUGUAUACGACGACGUUUUUGGUGGUACACCCAAGUUCGGAGUGCCAACAUUAGCUCCUCGUUAUGAGGAUUAUACUGAGAUUUUUGGAGGUUUUCACUCGUCCCGAGCUUCCUCUAUUCCCGUUUUGGAACUUCCGGUGCUUGAUGAAGACGAUGAUCGGUUGUCCUUCGAUAUUCAGACUUCUCAUUUUGACUACUCUGAGAUUUUUGGAGGUUUUCCUGUUUUUGAUUUUGCCCUUUCGUACGAAGAUUUGGUUCGGCAAUCUACUUCUGGCUAUGAUUCUUCGGACGAGGGCUGGAGUCCAGUUCAAAGUGAGACCCUGUCAAAUGAGUCGGAUCCUUCAGCUUUUUCGGAAAGGAGUCAGAGCUCUUCUAGUGCUGAUGUUCAUCAUUCAUCUGACGACACCAAACAGUUCAGCAUUUCAUAUCACAAGACUUCCCAGAGGAGCGAAGGAGUUAUGUCAAAUGGCAUGACACAUGUUGCUCAUCUGCAUGCUAUUCCUGGAUAUACUUACAUGGUCAGUGGAAGUCAGGCUUCUCAAAAUACAGAAGAUGAGGAGCCAGCUGGACAGGCAAACCUUGAUAUCAACUACAAUGUGAACUUCAGUGGACCGCUUGUAGAAGACCAGCGAUACAAAAGAAGCACGCCACGUAAAAUGAGCAGCAGCUAUAUCAUGCAUGGAAGUGAUUCAAAACAUCCAGAGAAAUGUAGUGAGGCUAGUUGUACUCCAGAUAAGCCAUUCUUAACUAUCUCAGAUAUCAGCUUAAGAACUAGGCCAUCAGGGUUGCCCCCACCAUCAAGACCGCCACCUGCCAUGGCUGCCAAGAAAGGGAACUCUGAUAGACUUAAUUCAAGACUCAAAGCGUCUAACAGUUGUGCAUUUGAGCAAAAACAAGGGGAUAGUUCACAGCCUUACUUUGACGUGGAAGUAUAUGCAAGUUCAUCUGCAGCGGCGUCCUCUGCAGCUAUAAAAGAUGCAAUGGAGAAGGCUCAAGCAAAGCUCAGAAGUGCAAAAGAGCUAAUGGAGAGGAAGAAGCAAGAUCUAAAAUGUUAUGCAGAACUCCAUUUGGAGAAGGGUAUUUUGGAGGAAAGACCAAGUAAGACAUUUGACAAAGAUGGCGUGGAACAAAGCAUGUGUGUUGGAAGAAUUGAAGAAGUCCUUAAGAACAAUGAUGUUAUUUCUGGUAAUAUUAAAGAUGGAGAACAUUUCAAAUCUACUGGAAAACAUGAAGAAAGUGAGCAGGAUAAGCCGAAUAUGUCAUCUCAACAACCAAUAAAAGCUGAAGGAAGAGUUGCAUGGAGGGAAGGUGCGGAAUUUUUUGAAGUUGUUGAAACUUACCCAUCUUGUGGGUCUCCUGAGGAAGUCAAGAUUGAAUCUGAUUUGCUGCAUAAUAUGGAGUCACAUGAAGACAGACAAUCCAAAGCAGCCACUGACAGAUUUGACCAUCUAGAAACUUGCAAAUAUGUUGCAGCAAAGGAGGCUCGUGACUGCAUAGAGGAGAGUGAAGAAAAAAUGGGUAAAGGGUCCUACCAAUUGGCCAAUACGCAUCAAAGGUCAAAAGAAGAAGAUUUGUGUGGUCAAUUGGAGCACAAGGAGACACUAAAAGCAGAAGAAAACUCACUGGAUGUUAGUAUGAGUGAGAAACAUGUUAAAGUCCAGCAAGAGGGACCAAGUGAGAAGCUAAGUAGCAGUUCUCACAAAAGUGUAGAGUACAUCAGAGGAAGUGGCCAGAAUGUGAGUGAAUGUAAGGCUACUGUGAAAUUAAGUGGUGGAAGGAGAAAAUUAAAUGAUCAAAAGAGAUGUAUAAAUACUGAUUCUAGACAUAUCGAUUUAGAGCUGAUGGUAGAAUCUGAGAUUGAAGAAUGUGAGGGAGGACUUUGGGAUGUUGUUGAUGAAACAGGAAAUGGACAGAGAGUGAAUGAGAUACUCAAGCAGGAAACGAAGAAGCAACUCGAUGCAGUUUCUGAAAGAGAAGAAGGCGCUAUUUACUGGGAGGAGAAUGCAAAGAAACCAAACGAGGAUUUUAAAUCAGAAAAGAACGAUGAGAAAUCAGAGGUAGCUUGCAAACAAGACAAGAAUGAGAGGGACGACACGGUGAGUUUCAAGAUGGACCCAAUAGAUCAGGAUGCAAAAGGUGCUUUUGAGUGGGUGCAAGAGGACAGCCAAUUUAGAGUGUCUCUCGAGAGAAAAGAGCAUGAAGGAGAACAAAAUGAUGCUGAAGAAGGAGAAGAAACUGAGGGAAGACUGAAUGUUAGUUGUGAAGGAGAAGAUGAUGAUAUGGAAAUGACUGAGUUUUUGGAGCAGCAACAAAAUAAGAGAGAAUCCCCUUUGACUUCCAGAUUAGAAUUUGAGAACAUAUCUGAAAAGGCCGGUAAGAUUGAAGAAACUGAGCAAACAAUUGUUUGUGAUGUUAAGUGGGAUGAAUUGCGCGAACAGACCGAAGAUAGCGCCCCAAUUGAAAUGGUUGGGUCUGUUUUGAAGCAGAACUCUAAUGUUGAAGUUCGCAAGGAUGUUACGACGAUUGAUUGGGCUGGCCAACCAAACUAUGAGACUCCACUUGUGAACAAAAUGUCCAAGAAGACGGAGGAAGAUGGAGGAAAGCUGGAAGCAACUCAAUCAGCCCUUUCCUGCGAAGAAAAUGAGAGAUUAGAAACUGAGUUGCAAAAUUGUGAAAAAGAAUCAGAAGUUGGAAUGACCAAUAUGCUGCCUAAAGAUGGAUGCAACUCUGUUUGCAAGAGACAAGAUAUCUUGGAGCAUGGGAAAGACCCAACUAGAAGAGCAGAUGCAAUAGGGUCUACUUCUUCAAAUGAGCAUUUGACCAAUCCAAGUGGAGCUGGUAUCUACACAGAUAAAGCAUCGGAUAGACUGAAGAAGACAGCCUUUGAAAUGGGAAACCAUCCUGAUCAAAGAAAUGGAAAACUUCCUGAAUGUCUGGCAGUGAAUACCAAUGGAUUUCAGUCUGGCAGUAACCAGGAAGUUUCAGAGGAAAAGUUUACAGCUGAUAAUCACUCUAACCAUAGAAAUGGAACAAAUGUUGAAGGGCCAAGAGUGAACACCAAGGUUGUUCAGUCUGGAACUAAGCAGGAAGUUAUGGAAGAAAAGUUUACAUCUCAAAACAUUGUCGGGGAAUGGGCCACAAAUGCAAAGAAAAUUGGAGAUGCUUUGGCUGCUGUGCUAGAGGAUGUUGAAAUCCUGUCAAGUAUAGACCAGAGAGCCGCAACUGGAAGUUCCCAGAAGAAAGAGAGAAAUUCAAAUAAAAUCAUUACUCCUGAGGCCCAAAAAAUGGAUGAGCGACUGAAAAAAGAAAGAGAAAUAGAGGAAGAAUAUAUGAGAAAGAUGGAAGAAGAGAGGGAAAGAGAAAGGGAAAGAGAAAAGGAUCGGAUGUCUGUAACUCGUGAAGCUCUGGAAAGGUCAUAUCUUGAAGCCCGUGGGAGAGUAGAAAGAGCUGCUGCAACUGAAAUACGUCAAAAAGCUAUGGCGGAGGCCCGAGAAAGAUUAGAGAAAGUAUCUGCAGAGGCUAGAGAGAGAUCUUCAGCAGAGCAGGCAGCUAAGGAGGCUAGGCUCAAGGCUGAGCGUGCUGCAGUAGAAAGAGCAACUGCAGAGGCUCGACAACGAGCUUUUGAGAAAACAAUGGCUGAGAAGGCUACCCAGGAAUCAUGUGACCGAGUGGAAAGAUCAUCUUCUGAAAAGUUUUCUGCUUAUUCUAGGAGCACAGAAAUGAGACAAAGCUCUUCUUCUGAACAACAUGCACAUCGGAGCACAGAAACCUCGAAAUUGAGAUAUUCAUAUUCUUCAGCUCAUGCUGGCAUUGAAGGUGAAUCACCUCAAAGAUGUAAAGCACGGUUGGAGAGGUAUCGCAGAACAUCAGAGCGUGCAGCCAAGGCCCUAGCAGAAAAAAAUAUGCGUGAUUUUCAAGCUCAGAGAGAGCAAGCAGAGAGAAAUAGAUUGGCUGAAACUCUGGAUGCUGAAGUGAAAAGAUGGUCAAGCGGGAAAGAAGGCAAUCUACGUGCAUUGCUUUCAACGUUGCAAUAUAUUCUUGGGCCUAAUAGCGGUUGGCAGCCUAUUCCACUAACAGAAGUUAUAACUUCUGCAGCGGUGAAGAAAGCUUAUAGGAAAGCUACACUUUGUGUGCAUCCCGACAAAUUACAACAGCGAGGUGCUAGUAUUCAUCAGAAGUAUAUAUGCGAGAAAGUCUUUGAUCUUUUAAAGGAAGCAUGGAACAGAUUCAACUCUGAGGAGAGGUAGUUGAAGACUUGUUUGCUCAGUUGAACAUAUAAUUUGCACAGUAGUGAGUAAAUUCUGUUUCUCAUAUUUUUUUUUGUUUCUUCAUGUAAGCAACCACAAACUUUCCUGACAGAAAAUGGGCUAACAUGGCUAUUCAUUGAAAUGAAAUUUUACAUGAAAAGGCGAUAUUAUUGUGUUA